AGAUUCAACUCAGGACUAAACACAGAGAUAAUAUUGAGAUUUUCAGUUGCACAACAUUUUACGCGUCCAGGAAUGACCUCAGGGGCGCGGAUGCCCCAUCAAGGAGCUCCCAUGGGGCCUCCAGGACCCCCAUAUGGAGGAACUCCACAGAUCCGGCCAGGGAUGCCAAAUCCAGCCCUCGACCCCAACCGAAAACGCCCCGCCCCAACCCAGCCUGUGCAACCUCCCCCUGUCCAGAACCGUUCCAGAAAGAAACCACUUGGAUUUCCGGCAGCAAAUGAGAUAUCAGCGAGACAGAUGGACAUGAGAGAAGCCCAGUCAGAUCCUGCAAUUGGAUCCAAUGCCAAGAGAAGAAAAAUGGCAGACAAGAUUCUCCCUCAGAGGAUUCGCGAACUGGUGCCAGAGUCGCAGGCAUACAUGGACCUCCUGGCCUUUGAGCGAAAACUUGACCAAACUAUUAUGAGGAAGCGAGUGGAUAUACAGGAGGCGCUCAAAAGACCAAUGAAGCAAAAGCGGAAGCUGCGAUUGUACAUUUCCAACACUUUCAACCCUGCCAAACCUGACACGGAGGACUCUGAGGGCAGCAUCGCAUCCUGGGAGCUGCGCGUAGAGGGCAAGUUGUUGGAUGAUCCUGGAAAACAAAAGAGGAAAUUUUCAUCUUUCUUUAAGAGCCUUGUUAUCGAACUUGACAAAGAUCUGUAUGGCCCUGACAACCACUUAGUGGAGAUAGCGCUGAAACAUGCGGCGAAAAUUGGGGAAACGCAAUGGCACCGCACCCCAACGACCCAGGAGACAGAUGGUUUCCAGGUGAAGAGGCCUGGAGAUGUGAAUGUGCGCUGUACUCUCUUGCUCAUGCUGGAUUACCAGCCUCCUCAGUUUAAGCUGGAUCCUCGUCUUGCCCGUCUACUUGGCAUCCACACUCAGACCCGCUCCUGCAUCAUCCAGGCUUUGUGGCAGUACGUCAAAACCAACAAGCUGCAGGACUCUCAUGAGAAAGAGUACAUCAACUGUGAUAAAUAUUUCCAGCAGAUUUUUGACUGUCCUCGUCUAAAGUUCUGUGAAAUCCCUCAGCGACUUACCAACCUGCUGCUGCCGCCUGAUCCUAUCGUGAUCAAUCACAUUAUCAGGUGACUGCUCAUAAAUGUAGAAUUGA